AUUCGUCUGACUCGGAAAAAGAAAAAAAAUACUGAUAAUGAUGGCAAGGUAAGGAGUUCUCCUAACUUUGUUUUUGUUUGGCCAACUGUCUUCUAUUUUCCCAUCGAAAUCUGAGGUUUAUUGCCAUCCCCAAGUAUUUGUAUCAUUCCUCACUCAUUUGUUGAUGACUUGAUGAUAUCCUUGAUGAUUUGAACACUAUGUCCAUCUUAUCUCCACACGCAUCGGGAGGCUCUCCACCUACAUCCCCUCGCUCACCAACCCACCUAACCGGUCACAAACCCAUCAAAUGGUACCACCUCCAACUCCGUACCAUCACGCUCUCCGCUCUUCCUAUUCUCUCCCUCAUCGGUUUCUUCGGAACCUUGGUCAUUGGAGGCAGUAAUGGGACAUUCGAACACAUAACCAAUCUUGUUAGACAAAAAACACCUUCGGCCGUUUUCCCAAAUGCGAAAUAUUUACUAUUGAAGGAUUAUACGGGGAUCAGAGCUCUCGAUAGGCAAUUGACUGUUCUCGUGACGUUCUUUGCCCCGGUUGUUGAUAGUAGAAAUGCUGCAUUAUGGUUGAAUAGUUUUUAUGGACUGGGACAAUUCGGAGCAGCAUGGACAUUGUUGGUGAUGGAAAGUUUGAGGAGUGGGAAUAAGGGCAGGGCUGUCAGUUUCAUCGGAACAGUUGGAUUAAUCUUCCAAAACAUCACCUAUGCGGUUACAGUACCACUCUACCUUUUCAUCCACCUCUUAACAUCACCAAUCGCAAAACCAUUUCCAGGGACACAUUCGAAUAGCGUUCUACUCAUCUCGUCCCUGGAUCUGAAGAUUCUACCACUCUCAAUUACCCUAGCCUACAUUGUCCCAUCAAUUCUCAUGGGCCUUGACGCCCCAUCUCAAGUUUCGGGACAAACCCACCAAAAGUUCAUCGCUUUGUGGCAACCCUUUCCAAUCUGGACAGUCAUCAUACAAUGGAUACUACGUUUAUUCUUUCAAAUCAUUGGACCGAAGCUCUCUGCAAAAGACUCCAAACAAGCACCAGUUCCACAAGGAACAUCAUAUCUUAGCAGCGCAAAGCAUGUCUAUCGCUUCACACUUACAUUAUGUGUAUUGACGCACCUUCCUAUUCUCCUCAUUGCUCUUAUCCCCGCCUCGGUCAUUACAGAUAUUUUACCUAAGCUUGCUCCUUAUGCUAGUCUAAAUUUCUUCGAUAUCUAUGUUCCCUACUUCCCCUUUCCACUUUCCCAUCGGGUCUCGGAUUUAGCACAUGGUGCUCACACAUUUCUUCAAUGGGAUUUGGCAACUGGCUCUACAGCCCUCUUGUUAUGGGCUAUUUUAUUAUAUCGUAAUGCUACGACUGAAAAAUCCGCUGUAGACCCUGAUACAAGUCUCCCUUCAUAUCAGAUCCGAGAGAUGCUCGCAGGGGAGGGAAAUCCAGUUGGGGCCUUGAGGAGAAAAUUAUUGGUUAAAAUUGGUAUCUGGACAUUGCUAGGUGGUCCAAUUGGAGCUGUCACAGUGCUAAUUUGGGAGAGAGAUGAGAUCGUACGACAGAAGAUCAAGCAAGGUAUCUGAUUUGAGGUUGAUAGUGUUGAGAUUUUAGCUAUAUAGUGGAUUGUCUCUUGGUAAGAGUAGAUGCGACGUGUAUAACACGAAAUGUGUAGGUAUCUUGGUAGAAAUUGAUCAAUGUGCUGUUGUUGUGGAAGUAGUUGUAAGCAAUAAAAACUUCCUUACUCUCUAGAAACAUUUUUCUUUGGCAUUCAACUGGUUCCCCUGGAAUUCAAAUACAUAUAUUAUCCAUCAGAAUCAAUUUUUAUAAGUUAGCAUUUCAUUCCGAGUAACAAAUGAAAACACAGCACCAUGUAA